CGAACAGUGUGACUGUCUGAUAGCUAUGCUUCGUCGUUUCUGCUUGCAGUCGCAUGCGCACUUUCCUGAAAGAGGUUCACGCAGCUGCACAUCCUCGUACCGAUUCGAUAGUGAACCUAAAUCCUGCCGCGACGCCACCGUUUUAGUCAACGCCAGUCAUGCGCAGCUAAAUGAAGUGAACAAAGCGAAUCUCCUGUGAAAGCCCGCGAUAACGAUGCGACUAAAAACGUCGUUACUGAAAGAGCCGAAGCAUCAGGACAUUACGUGCUGCGUCGCCUGGACGUCCGCAGACGAAGUCUACUCUGUUAGCGACGACCAUGUGAUUCUCAGCUGGAACAAUUUUACAAGUGAAGCUACAAAGAUAACUCAACUUCCGAAUGAGGUGUUUCCGACAGACAUUCACUGGUUUCCCAGGACGACCGUCAUGGGAAAACAGCAGUCGUCAGCUUCUGACUUCUUUGCUCUAACUGCAACUGAUGGGAGGCUUUAUUUGGUGUCAAGGACUGGGAAAAUAGAGAAGAAGGUUGAAGCACACAGGGGUGCUGUUUUGUCAGCAAGGUGGAACCACGAUGGCACAGCACUAGUCAGUGUCGGUGAAGAUGGACAGGUCAAGAUAUGGUCUCGUAGUGGCAUGUUGAGAUCCACCCUCAGUCAAAACAGUACACCUGUUUACUCAGUGGCAUGGGGUCCAGAUAACAACGUACUGUAUACAAAUGGAAAAAACCUGAUCAUAAAGUCAUUGCAGGCUGGGAAUGCAAAACCCUUACAGUGGAAAGCACAUGAUGGAAUCAUAUUAAAGGCUGAUUGGAAUGCCGUCAACAACCUGAUACUUUCUGGGGGCGAGGACUGCAGAUACAGGGUUUGGGAUAGCUAUGGCAGACAGCUGUACUCUAGCUCCACGAGUGAGUAUCCUGUGACAUCGCUGGCUUGGACACCAGAUGGCGAGCUGUUUGCUGUUGGAUCGUUCAGCACACUGCGGCUCUGCGACAAGGCAGGAUGGUCACAUGCACUAGAGAAACCUGCUACUGGCAGUAUAUUCAACAUCGCAUGGUCAGUCGAUGGUACACAGAUGGUUGGGGCAUGCGGAAAUGGACACGUCAUAUUUGCACAUAUUAUUGAAAGGAGGGUUGAAUGGAAGCAGUUUGAGUUGGUCGUUGCCACGAGGAAGACGAUCCUCGUGCGCAACGUCACCGAUGACUCGCGCGAGAAGCUCGACUUCAGGGAUCGCAUCGUGAAGCUGUCGAUGGCCUUCAACCACCUCGUCGUCGCGACGACGUCUCAGUGUUACGUGUACAGCUCGAAGAACUGGAAUACGCCCAUGAUCUUCGAUCUCAAGCAGAGCGUUUCGCUGAUAGUCCAAGCCGAGAAGCACUUCCUGCUCGUGGAUAGCAUUGGAAUAUCGCUAUACUCGUACGAAGGGCGGUUCCUGUCAUCACCAAAGUACGUGGGACUGAGAGCAAAUGUGCUGAAUCUACAGACUGUCUCCCUCAGCAACGACACGGUUGCCGUCCGAGACAAGGCAGACGAGAAACUGGUGUAUCUAUUCGAAGCACACAGUGGGAAAGCACUCUCUGAUAAGCCACUUGCUCACAAGAUGGAGGUAGUGGAGUUGGCACUGGACCAGCAUGGACCUAUGUCUGAGCGACGGUUAGCCCUAAUAGACAAGAAUCGGGACCUCUAUCUGGCGACCGUGAGAACAUUUGGCACCGCUCAUAAAGUCAUGAAGCUAGCUGUGAUGAUACAGUCGAUGUCGUGGAACGAUGAUACCAACAUGCUGGCUGCCCUGCAGGAUGGCAGGUUUACAGUCUGGGUAUACCCUAAUACCGCCUUUGUCGACCAGGCUCUCCUACCAAAAACUAUAACGGAGAAGGACUCGAGCGAGUUUGGCAAGAACCCGUUCAUCAUCAGUUUCCUGGGCAACCACGUCACGUUGAGGCGCGUCGAUGGUUCGCUAGUGACGACGGGAAUCACUCCGUACCCGGCAAUCCUGCAUGGCUACGUGUCCAGCGCCCACUGGGACGAGGCUGUCAGACUCUGCCGCUUCGUCAAGGAGACAUUUCUAUGGGCGUCGCUCGCAGCAAUGGCUGCAUAUGCGAAGGAGUUGGCGACUGCAGAGGUUGCUUAUGCUGCAAUUGAUGAGGCUGACAAGGUGAACUACAUCCAGUACAUUAAGGAGCUGCCGAGCAAGGAGGCGAGGAAUGCGGAGAUGGCGCUGUUCGGUGGCAGCCCGCAGGAUGCUGAGGGCAUACUGCUGCAGGGAGGGCUGGUGUUCAGAGCGAUCAUGAUGCACAUCAAUCUCUACAGCUGGGACCGGGCGCUCGAGCUGGCUCUGAAACACAAGACUCACGUUGACACAGUACUUGGCUUUAGACAGAGAUAUCUGGUGAAGUUCAACAAGUCUGAGACAAAUAAGCGGUUUCAGCAGUAUGCUGAGGGGGUGGACAUUGACUGGGCAAAGAUAGAAGCCAAGAUCGAGAUGGAAGAACAGAAGGAGCGAGAAGGCAAAAGAAAAUAGGACCCCAUAUUUGAGCUGAAUAGAGAAAAAUUGAUCGGCAAAUCCAAAAGAAUAAUGGUUAGAAAAAAUUGACUGACUACACGAGUUUUGACUGUUAUGAGGAUGAGUUAUUUCUAGAUAAACCGAGUGUGUGAUAAGUCUGUAAUAAAAAUGUAUAAAUGUAAAACGUAACCUACCAGAAACUCAAUUCACUCCGUCCAUUUAUAGCAUUGUAUUAAUUAGAAAAACACUUAGCAAUAAGACGUUAUAAACUGGCUUUACUUAUAUUACCUUUUAAUACAUAGCUUGCCUACCUCUGCGGUAGUUGUGUUGUGUAAGUGUUCUUAAUUUUAAAUUUAAACGGAAGAUGAUGUGAACAAGUUGUAUAUUUAACAGAAUCUGUGUAUUUGAUCUGUAUAUAUUAUUUCCGCACACAUAACUUGCUUAAUACUCUAACAUUGUGUUACUUUAAGGUAAAUGUUCUCAUUUCAAAAUGCAGAAAGAAACUAGUGUAAACGAUUCGUGUGUUAAACUCAGUCUAAGUUUAUUUGCCCCGUAUGUAUUAAUUUGCCAUACCAUAACUUGUGUACGGUAGUUUUGUUAAGUAAGUGUUCUCAUUUUGAAAUGUAAAACAAACUAGUCAAAAGUAGUUGUAUAUUAAACUCGGCCUGCGUUUAUUAGCUUCAAA